AAACGUUUCAGAAAUCUCACAGGCUGGUAUUAUUUGAAGGAAAUCAAGUAUGGACUUCAAAGAGGUGUUUGUGAAAAACUUGGACCAAUAUCGGGAAAUAGCAUUAUGCGCUGCAGGCACAGCAGUUGCUCUGCUUGGACUCGGUCUCGUAUAUAAAUAUACUCGUCCACAGAAGAAGUUCACUUGAGUGGGAGUCGCUACCCAGCUGCUGCUUCAUCCUAUGAAGUCUGGGAAAGCAGUGUUGGUGGAGACAGCAGAAUGUCUGCGAAUGGGGCUGAAAUAUGGCGAACUGCGGGAUCGGUGAGUUUUUGAACGCAAAUAUACCAGUGCACGCUAAUCAUUUUACUUUCUUUUUUUCUGUAGUUAUGUGACGCACCACAGUUUGUGAAUUCCGUCUCGUGCAAACGUAUUUUGGAGCCCCUAAUGCAGAGAGUUUGUUACAGACACUGGCUGGUGAUCACGGAGGACGGCCGCAUGGUGACGGGCAGACAGCAGCCUCGUCUGGUGUUGGUGUCUUUGACCUGUGAAGGUGGCCAGCUGUGUCUCAAUGGACCCCAGAUGGAGGAGUUGAGGGUUCCUCUUCACCAGCCCAAUAAUGCAGUUGUGGACUGCAGAGUCUUUAGUGUAGACGUUCAGGGCAAGGACUGUGGGGACGAUGUGUCUAACUGGCUUACUCGAUACCUGGAAUCAGACAACACCGUUCGUCUGGUGCAUUUUGAACCUCAUCUGAAGGCCCAAAGGCCUUUUGAGAAAGAGCACCUCUUUCCUAAGGAUGAAAAGGUGGCCUAUCCUGAUGCUGCCCCCAUCAUGCUAAUGUCAGAGGCCUCUGUUAGGGACCUGAAUACCCGAUUGGAUAAGGAUGUUACUGUCUUUCAAUUUCGUCCCAGUAUUGUUGUCAGUGACUGUGAGGCCUUCACCGAGGACACAUGGGAUCAUAUACAGAUUGGCCAAGUGGAAUUGAAGAGAGUUGUUGGUUGUGGAAGAUGCCUAUUUACCACUGUUGACCCUGAGACUGGAAUCAUCACCCGGAAAGAACCACUGGACACUCUCAAAACUUAUCGACUGACUGACCCGAAGCAGAAAACUGCGCCAAUAUUGGGACAGUACUACACUGUCAAGAAAACAGGUGUCCUUCAUGUGGGGGAACCUGUCUGUAAGAUCAGCUAUUAAAUAGCCAGACAGGAUGGAAUGCAGAACCUUAUAUCAAAAAUCUAGUGACUAAUUUGUAAGCUGACAUGCCACUGCUUACUACACAGUUUCUAAAGUUAGACUGAAUCAGUAUUCUAUUCAUAAAUGUUCCUUGAAUAAGAAAAAU